AUGGGCGCUGGAUCGAGAGGCAUCGCCCUCCUUGAGUGGAUGGUAGUUUGCACUUUCAUCUGCGCCAUCAUGCUCCUAUUACGAUACUGGGCUGCCAGAAUCCAAAGGAGAAAGGCGUACGCAGAUGACUGGAUGGUGCUCGUCGCAUUCAGCAGCACAGUGGCGCUAGUCGGCGUGGGCAUUUGGGCAGUCUUCAAUGGACUCGGAAAGCACACAAACGAACUAAGUCAGUAUGAGUUGGGAAUCAAUCAGCAGCUCGUCGUGGCUAGCUCUGUGUGCUGGCUUGUGGGCACCGUCUUCAACAAACUUUCCCUCUUGUGGCUGUAUCGGCGCAUUUUCACAACGCCCGCGUUCCUCAGACAGACCAUGGUGGUGUUCAUCGUGGUUGUCGCCUUCGGUGUCGCUUUCUUGGUCGUGUUCAUGACACAGUGCCACCCUGUCUCGUACCCUUGGAGACCGGUACCCGGCGGCGGCUGCCGGGAAUUUGCAUAUGAAGAAUACGCGUCCGUCAGCGCCAACAUGGCCAUCGAUCUCGCCAUCUUCAUUUUACCCCUGCCUGUGCUCUGGAGGCUGCAAAUGACGACGCGCAGAAAGUUCUAUGUGACGAUCAUGCUCAGUUUCGGUCUAAUUACUAUUGCUGUCAUGGCCUGGCGCAUCCAGGCCACCUACGUGAGCGAGAACGAUCCCGACUUCAUCUACACACUCGCGACGAUCGGCCUCAUCAGCGGUCUCGAGCUGUGGCUCGGUAUCAUUGUGGCCUGCAUGCCCACGAUUCCCCCUGUUUUGCAGGCGUACGUACGGCCCGCCUUCCAGCAGCUGGCGUCGUACUACUACAGCCGCCGCGGGACGAGUGGGAAGAAGGGUAGCAGUGGUCACGAGCCAGUCCCAUCCCAUGACAUCCAAUUGAAUGAUCACAGUAAGAAGACGUUUGAUGACUCUACUGCUGUAGCACCGGGCCUCUCCACCGAGGUCUCUUCGCCGCGCAGAGGGCAGCCGAUGCCGACAGGAGGACCGACGGUCUUCGGAAGGGCCUUACGCGGCAAGCGGGAUGACAACCCGUACGUGAGCAUCGACGACGAGAGCCGCCCCAUAUGGACAGGGAGAGACGGUGACGCUUGGCACAGCCAUGUCCAGGGUGACUUGCCAGUCACGGGUGCAGGUGGAAUCGCCGUCCACCACGAGAUCAACAGGCAAGAGGAGUAUAGACAUGAUACCGCAAUAUAG